ACAGCGAACGCGUGCGGUACUCAUAUAGCAACGAGUCGUGUGACUUUAGAGCUAAAUCAAAAAGUUGAGUGUUUCAGUGACGGUUUGCUAAGUGUCUGCCACGCCACGAUAGGCCUUGCUUGGAAAAGUUUAUUUUUUUCAGCCGACAAUUUGCCUUUUGGCAUGACAAAAUAAACAACAAAAAUAACAAGGAAUAAAUUUGAAAAAGUGUUACGAAAAAAUCUUGGUGUUCAACUAAAAGUUAAAAAAAAGGAAAGUUGACUUUUUGCCAAAAAUUAUUUGCUGUGUCCUUCUAUUCAACUGUGCUGCUUGCGCUAAGUAUUAUUGCUUUGCAAUUGCAUUCACAUUUACUUAGUACAUAAAUACAUUUAUUAUUGUGUGUCUUGUCAUAGUGAAAUUGUAAUUCUCGUUUGUUGCUGCAGCCAACUAUUUAAAGAUCGCACAAAAUGUCACUGCAUAGCGUUGCAACGGUCCAGUCUUGGUUGGUCAUCCUUUUGGGAUUAAGCCACUUUGGCACGCCAAUUGAUGCACGUGCGGUCAAUGUUAGCAACACUUGGACUAUGCCACAAGAGGGACUUAAUGUCUUCUAUCGCUUCUUCCGUGAUCGAAUAUCUUGGUUUGAGGCAGAUGCUGUAUGCCAAUUUCAUCAUGCCAAUCUAGUGACAGUUGACAACAGCUUCCAAUUCGAUGCAACGAGAGAUCUUUUGCGAGAACUGGAUGUCAACGAUAUUGUUUGGAUAGGUUUGAUGCGACCGCAGAGCUCGGAACGUUUUAUGUGGUCCAACUCCCGCCCACUGGUCACCGACACUGGCUAUUGGGCCGAAUCGUUGCCACUAAUGGAUGCACCACUCUGCGCCGUCAUCGAUCCUAUACGCGAUUAUCGCUGGCAUGCGUUGCGCUGCGGCGGCCCCGAGACCGCAUCGUUCCUCUGCGAAAUGCCGGUGCCUUCCUGGGCUGAUGCUUGUAUACUUAAGGAUAUGCCUAAUCUAACUAUGCAAUAUAUGGCCGAUACAGCGAGCAUUGAGUUGAUACGAAAUUGCGCAGAGGAGGGUCUAUUAAAGCAGUCUUGCAAAGGAAAGCUGGAUCGUGAUCGUGCACUGCGUGAACUGAUCUGCCCACGUGAGCGACUUGAAGCACAACGUAUCAAUGAUAUAACCAACUCCCACUUCAAAUCUCUUCAAAUUAUCAACAGCAUUCGCACAGACAAUAAUGAGAACAACGACAUUGAGUUGCUGCCACUUGGUGAAACCACCUACGGUUCGGGCAGCAGCAGCGACGUCUCUGAGCAGGUGCCAACGGAAAAGAAUACCGUGCAGCGACUCAUCGAACAAUUCAAUGUGGAUGAGCUUAUGCAAGCCGACGAAGCCACAAUGCCCAUGAGUAGCUACCACAUACCAGGCGAGAUCCCUAAACCAGUGAAGAAGGCGUCUAAGAAGGUGAUCGUAACCAAUAGUGGCGAUUAUCAGAAAAAGUACCGUGGACAAAAAUACGACGAGAGCAUUCAGCUUCCACCACCAACGCCGAAGCCAAAGAAGCAACAUCAGUUGUUGGCUUUGGAAGACAUGAUGAUGGGCGAUCAGCCACAGCAAAGCGGUGAACCGGAAAUGAUAGAACACGUUGGCAUCGAAGAAGACGAAGUCUCUAAUGAGAUAACUGAAUCAUUACCGCAUAAGAAAAAAGUACUGCCACAGGACUUAAAAACAAUGGCACCCAUUACAGAGAAGUUUUCGGAGGAGAUGGUUAGUGAAGAAAAGCAAGCUCAGCAUUUCAAGGAAGAGAUGGAAAAGAGAUUAGUAUUUGACACAGCUACAGCAGCUUCCAGUACAGCAAGUAGCACCACUACUGUGCCAGCAACAACCACUACUACAACUACUACUACAACAACUACCACCACAGCAGCUGCGACGACAACCACUGACCCUAGUAGCACUGUGACACCAAUUCUGAGCACAUCCACGACUACUCACAAACCGAAUGAAAACCAAGCUACAAUAACAACAGAACAGGCUGUUCUCAUUUCAAGAAGUGAUGCAUCGCCUAGCACUAUUAGAUCUUCGGAAACCGUCCCGAGCCUAAUAGUCCAUACCACAACAGCCACUCCUACGCAUCCAACCGACUUAGAUGCGCACGCCUUCAUCAGUAGCACGCCUGCUCCCCACACAUCGCACACCGAAUCACCUGCAACCAUAGCCCAUCCUAUGCACCCACAGCAACAGCAAGCACACGGGAUCAUUAUUUCCGACGAAUCGCAACAUUCACACAUGAAAGAAUCAGCAGACAAUUCACACUUUAUUCCACCAAUGUUGAUGGUGAAGUCACAUUACGUACCACCGCUGAAGCAUGGUGACCAUCCAAGUGGGGAGCAUUAUGGCACCGGAAUGCAUGAGGGAGCGGCGCCGGCGCACCCUGGUCAUGGAGAUUUUCGAGGAAAGCCCAAUGACGACACGUCUCAUCACAGCACCGCGAUCAGCCAAGUUCCCGCUGAGCCAGCAACCCAUCACAUAGCAACUGCCAAAGCAGAUGUAGCUGACAUUGAAGCGAAGACCACAAUAACAGUGACGACCACAAUGGCGACAUUAAAAUCAGGAACAACAACAGCAGCCUCAGAGGGAACAUCAGCUCAUGGUGACGAGUUGACAAAGGAAACAACCGAUAAAUCGGCAGCACUGGCACAAGAACACAAGCAGCAACACUCAAAUGCCAAGUUAAUUGCAACAGCAAAUCAAAAGCAGCAACAGAGCGGUAAACAAUCUGGUACAAAAGCUCAUUCGCAAGUAGCAAGUGAGAAAAUUGAAAAUGUCGAAGAUAUUAUAGCAGAAACAACAACAGAUGCACCUACAACAACAACGCAAUCGGCAACCAGCGCUUCCGCUGCUAACAAGCAUCUUUCAACGGCAACACCAACCACCACGACGACAGCAACAACAACAACUACAAGGAGGACGACAGCAACAUCAACAGCGUCGACAACCACAAUGAAAUCCGCUGACGUCAGCUUGACACAUGAAAUUGAGAAGCCAGUUAAGCGAGAACCGCAAACAAAGGCAGUUGAAGAGCUAACAAAAGAAACGUCAGGGAAGGCAUCUAAUACAGCAGCGGAAGCGUCAGCCACCAUCAUCACAACAACAGUAACGGCGAAGACAGAUAAGUUGCAAGCAAUAAAAGUCGCCGACUCAAAUCGCAAGCUGGAGGUUGAAGAAGCAAGUGCAAAGUCACCAGCAGCUGCAGUCGUAGAAUUGGCGCCACAAAAUGCAACCCCGACAACUGGCGCGCCAUCAGCACCAACCUUGGCUACAGUCACAACGACUACUGCUUCCAUUGCUGCUUCCGCUUCCGCUGUAACCGACACAACAUACACACAUUCAAUAACAACAACAAGAGUAUGUAAUAGUAACACAGAUAUGGACUUGUCGAGUUCUGAGGAAAGCUCUGCAGCAAUUGAAGAUACCGAAGGAGGUAAGAAGCUCGAGAAGAACAGCAGCAGCAGCAGCAGCGGCAAGCAUACGAAGCAUCAUGCCACAACCGCCGAACCACCAACGCCGACACGCAAUUUCUUGAAGGAAGCAACAGAGACGCCGCUCUACAAGCCAAAUCGCCAUCGCGUGCUGACCCAGCCGGAAACUGUCAGCUAUUUUAAGAAAAUAUUAGGUUAAGCCCGAACAAGGCGAGCAAGACGUAAUGGAAAGAAGGUGAGUUCGGCAGAGAGAUAUGCGUGUGGAGGCCUAAAGGGGAAUUACUUAGCAUCAUAAAUAUGUUUAUGAACAGGAAAAAGUAGCUAAGUACAUGUGUAGUUAAGAAUUUUAUGGGAGGAGUUGAAAACGCAGCGAAGUAGUGAGGAGAAGAAAAUAGUAGCAGUGUAGUUUAUGGACUAUUUCUACGAGUACUUAAAUAUGUAAGUACGAGUAUAAAUAUUUUUGCUUAAAGAGUUGAAAAACAAAUAAACAAAGAAGAAAUGUGUGAGAGCUGAAGGAAAAAUUAGUAUAGCAUGUCAAUUUUGAGGGCUAAGGUAGUUGGAGCGAAAUAACUUAAGCAGACACGUUUAAGUUUGAUAUAUGCACUUGGCUAUUUGUGAGGAGACUUAAAAUUGUGCUCGUGUUUUAUACCAAAUAAAUUCAGAAUAAAGCAAAAGAAAAAGCAGACAGUUGAUGUGCGUAAUUUUUUAGGUAGCAGAAAGUUUACCGAAUAGAUAAAUACUUGUAGGUUUUGAGAAACAAGUACAUCUGCGAAAAAUAAAGCCAAAUACAAAGUUGAGAAUGAUCAUAGAUUUACACACCUACACUUACAUAAUACGUUGCAAUAUGCAAGUUUACAUGAAUUAAAUAUUAAGUAAACACCAAUGAUUGACUUUAUGAAGUUUUACAGUUUUAGUGUUUUACUUAAGCAGAGAAAGUUAAAAUGUUUAAAGGUUCAAUGAAAAAAAAACAGUUUGCCAAUGCCAUAAGAUAAACUUAGUAAUUUUUCUAAACUAUUCCGGGAGAAAUGAAGUUUUAUAAAGAAAAGAUUCGUACGACGAAGAAAAGAAUCGGAGGACAGAUGUUCAUUUGCCGUAAAAAAGGUGAAACAUUUUCAUUGAAAACCAAAACCAAAAUCCGGAAACAAAGGCGUGGAUAACAGAUUUAUAUUUAUGAUAAUGUAGUAUUCGGUUAUUUGGAAAUUAUUUAAUUUUGAAAUAGGACAAUUCACCGGCUUAUAACCAAGAAUUGAUUCAAAAUAUAUAGAGGACUCAUAUAUUAACACACUGGAGUGGCCACCUCAAAUCUUAACAAAAGGGCUUAAUAUUAGUGGUGUGGCACACUUUUCCUCACUUUUUUGGAUUGGCAAAGAAUCUGAUAGAAUAAUGGAGGCCGUUAUGGUUAGUAUUGAAAUAAAUAUUGUGGCAACAUUGAACGCACCCAAUCCAAUAGCAGAGUUUAAUUCAAAAUUGCUUUAGCUCUCACCAAGGAAUGGUCAAGUAACGAAAAUCGUGUCGCUAUUAUAGCGCUAUUUAUGUAAAUGUGAAAUGAAAAAAAAUGUGGUAUUUUCAAAACGCUCCGCCCGCUUAAGAUAAGUUGCAUGUUUGUCCGUCGGUCGGGCCGGUCCACGUACAGUUCCAACGCCGCAAGUCAUCACGCUGAAUUUUCUCGAAAUCCGCUCCGAGAUACGAGUGUCACGCAAAAGUCCAUGAGUGGAAUUAUUAAAAAAGACUUGAGAACUGGUACUGUCAAACGCCGUAUCGGACAUUUGUUGACUGCAGCCUUUUGGUGACACUCACUGAUGACUUGCAUAGGAAAAUUUUGUUUGCCGGAUAACAAAUUUUUAACGUGCCGUAUUUUUCUAGAGUAAAAUAUGAACAUUUCAUGAGGAUCCUCCAAAUUUAUACUUAGACACGUAAAGUUUGGUGCCAGAACCUCCUUCGGCAGGGGGAAAAAAUGUGCUCGUAUGACCUCACUAUAUAAGAGAUUAUUAGAUGACGUCGCAAACCCGGUAUUGGCAAACAAAUAGAAUACAAAUGUUCGUUUGACAUUUUUAACUGGAAUAAAAUAUUAAACAGAUAGAGUUAAUAGAUUUUAAUUUUCAAACUCAAUAUUUAAGAAACGAUGAAAAUAUAAACGCAAACCACAGAACAAGGAAAUGACUUCAUUAAGUAGAAAUGUCAGCAAAAAAUUGCUCGCAAUGCCAAAAGCGCACAACAACAAAAAAAUAAAUCAUGCAAACACACAAACUUUAGUGCAAGGAUGCGAACAAAAAAAUGUAUUAAUUUUUGUUACUCAUUACGUACAAUUAAAACCACAAAUUACCAUAGAAUCGUUUUUAAAUUGAACAACAAUAAAAAUAAUAACCCACCCAAGAGAGUGGGCCAAAGCGGAAGCUAUUGAAGAAGAAUGCGUUUAUGCAAGCAUUUAUGUGUUUAUGUGUAUUAACAACAACAAAAAAUAUACAAAUAAAAGCAUAAACAUUUGAACAAUUGAACGUAUUUUAAUAAUUACGGCUGCUAAAUAAUAAUAGUGCCCGGAAAAUGAAGAAUAAUAAUUAAAUAAAUAAUAAAUGAUUAUGAAAAGUUAUUGAGUCAACAUUGUGUACAUUUGCAUAUGUGUGUGUGUGCGCUACUCAGCAAAAUGUAUGCAUUAGUAGCAAAAUCGAGCAAUAAAGCAGUAAUGACUUGUUCACCAAUUUGGAGCGUUGACAUGUUUUACAAAAAUAAUCGAGCUAAGGAUAGGAAUUCGAUAACUUCCCUUUGUUCUCGUUUCGAAGGUGAAAAGAAGCUCAAAAGAAUAUCACCUUUGUCCUCCGUUUGGAGCUCAAAAGAAGUGAUCGCUUGUAAGCACACGUAAUGUUAAAAAGGAGUUUAAGGAGUAAUUCAUUGCUUGCAAAGGAUUAAUCUAGGAUUACACUUUGAAUGAUCCUAAUUUUUAUAGGGUAAAUGGAAUGCGUACUAAUAAUACUACAGUUUGCAUUAACUUGUAACUAGUGAUGUGGAGUCCACUAGACUCUUCUGAAGUUUUCAACUGCUAUAUUUUUUAUGGAGGUGAAUUAUCUUCAAAUUCGGAAUACCUUUGAAUUUACAGAAAACUAACAAAUACUACAGGUUUCAGUCGGUUACCAGCUGUGUCAAGUUUUUUGUGAAGCUGAAAACGAAACUAUUUUCCCAUUGCGAAUAAUAUGGCGCUCUUAGUUUAUUGCCUUAAUUUUUUUUUUUGUCAGAAAAUUUUUAAUCGACCUUUUAUCGCGUGAAAUAAAAAUUUAACAAUGUUUCAAGGGCCACUACUCCAAUACCUUUUUGUUUGGAAAACAUAUUUUUGUAGGUUAUUUAAUUGGGAAUAAAUGGAAUUAGUAAUAAGUAUGCAAAAAAAAAUCAUUUAACCACCUUCAGCAAAUAUAAAAGCUAUCAUGGGGGAAGUCUUAGGGGCCCCUACGUCACUGUUUGUGUACAGUUUUUCACGUCACUAGUUACGGGUGAAUGUGUAGUACUUAGUUAUUGGUAGCAUAUUCGGCUGCAGCAUAAAAAAAA